GCUGGUCGAAGGCAGUGAAAGUAGAGUGGGCAGGCUGGCUGUUAAAGAAAGUGCUGCGCCUCAGGACCCGCCUCUCUUCACUACGGCGCUUUUCUCCCGUUGUUCGUGAAACGUGAGGCCCUUCUGAAGAACUCCGGCUCGCCUUGUCUACCUUUCCUGGUGAUCUGUUUUAAAGAAGUACCUGUCUAAUAUUUCUCCGGACCCUUACACCCUUAUUGGAUUUUUAUUACAUUCUUUUUUUUUAAUUGACCAACGGUAUAUUAACGGCUCCGGCCAUGGCAGCGAGCGCGAAGCGAAAACAGGAGGAAAAACACCUGAAGAUGCUGCGGGAAAUGACGAGUUUAGCCCUUAACCGAAAGUGCUUCGACUGCGACCAGCGCGGCCCGACCUACGCCAACAUGACCGUGGGCUCGUUCGUCUGCACGUCCUGCUCAGGCAUCCUACGAGGCCUGAAUCCCCCCCACAGAGUGAAGUCUAUCUCCAUGACGACUUUCACGCAACAGGAAAUUGAAUUUCUACAGAAGCAUGGAAAUGAGGCAUGUAAACAGAUAUGGCUCGGCCUUUAUGACGACAGAAACUUGGCCAUCCCAGACUUCAGAGAACCUCAGAAGGUCAAAGAGUUUCUUCAGGACAAAUACGAAAAGAAGCGAUGGUAUGUACCUCCAGAGCAGGCUAAGACUGUGGCGUCGGUUCAUGCGUCUAUCUCUGGUUCAUCUGCUAGCAGCACCAGCAGCACUCCAGAGGUUCGACCUCUCAAAACCUUACUGGAGGAAUCAGUACCCAGUUUACACUUCAGCAAAAACACACCCAGCCAGUCUCCAGUUGUGUCACGCGCUCAGCUGGCCCAGCAGCAGUAUCAGGACAGGAAGUUCGAUCUGCUCAGCGAACUGGGUGGCGACAUUUUUGCAGGUCCGCAUUCGCAAUCCACAGGCAACGCAAACUUUGCCAACUUUGCACAUUUCAACAGUCAUUCGGCAGCGCAGAAUGCGAAUGCUAAUGCAGACUUUGCCAAUUUUGAUGCGUUCAAAAGUUCUGCUGCUCCAACCGCAGCAGCAUUUCCACCAGCUCCACAGGACUCAUUUCAGCCCACACAACCAGUGUACAACAGUCUCCCAUUUAGUCGCAGUGUGGGCGAGUUUACCUCAACGCUGCCUCCACUGGCCAUGCACAGUAGCUCAUCAGGACUAGCUAAUCCCAACUUUGCGAACUUCGAUAACUUCCCCAAAUCGUGCAGUGCUGAUUUCGCCUCAUUUAGCUCCACCCAGAGUAACUCUGUGGGGGAGGGGCAUAAAGCGGAAGCAGCCAGUGUCCCUGCGGAUCGAUACGCAGCCCUCGCUGACCUUGACAACAUAUUCAGCACUAAACCUGAGCAAGGUACGAGUUCCGCCCCUCCAUCAGCAGGUGUGGGUCCACCCCCUCCACAGGCAGCUCUUUUGGGCGGCGAUCGCUACUCUGUUCUAGCUGAACUGAACACUGGCUUUUGCUCCUCAGCGCCAAAUGUGAGCGGCUACAACGCUGCCACCACAACACAAGGGUCUAUGUUUGGAUCCUCUACAGCUGUUCCUCCAGCUCAAGCGCAGCAGGGUAUACCCAGCAUGCUUCAGGGUUUUACAGGGCCUUCAACAAAUCCAUUCGUCGCGCCCGGGGCUCCGCAGGCCACUAACCCAUUUCAGACCAAUGGGAGAGGAGCAGCACCAGGAGUGGGCGUGGCCACAGCAGACAUGUUAGGACCCCUGCAGGGUCAGGCUUACCCUGCAGCCCACUUUGCCUCUUUCGGUCCACCGUCCAUGAGCAUGCCGACUGGGUUUGGAAACGCUGCUGCGUACAACCUUCCCACCAGCUUCAGUGGAAACUUCCAGCAAGCGUUUCCUGGACAGCCGUUCGCCCAGCCGCACGCGUAUCCCCAACAACCCAACGGAGGUUUUGCUGCAUUUGGUCAAGGUAAGGUCGCUCCAUUUGGACAGAACAUGACGGGACCUGGAAUAACCAACAAUCCCUUCCUGGCAGGGGCACCAGCAGCACAGUUUCCUGCAGGAGGCUCAUCCACAAACCCCUUCUUAUAGCACUCCUUUGACCUCCAGCGGGUGACCUGCGACUCGUUCGCACCUCUUGCACUGUUUUGUUUUGCAAGUAGCUUUAAAAAAACAUUGAUUUCUUAAAGAUUUUUUUUAUUGAAUUUUAAGAGCAGAAGACUGAGGGGGAAAAAAAAAAAAAAAAAACAAACAGCAAAAGAAUUUUUACAAUGCUCCUUUUGUCAUUCCUGUGAACUGGCCUGGAAAUCAUCUGCACAACAUGGCGGAUAACUAAGUUAUUGCAAACCUCCUGUUCAUGUUAAUGCUGCAAUUCUAUAUAUAAUUCUUUCAUAGAAACUGCUACAUUUUAGAUCUUUGUGCAUAUCAGUAUUUGUAUCUUUAACACACACACACACGCACACAUACAUAUGCUGCAUAUACGGCGUUGACGUCCGCCAUGCUGUGAAUAACACAAAACAAGAAUGUGGAAUUCCUUUUUGACAUCACCUUUUUGUGCUUUUGGAGUUUCUGAGAAUGAGGCAAAAAACAUCACGAGGAGCUACAAGACUCUUUUUGGAUGUCAACUCCUCCUGAACUCAUAAGACUCUGAAUCAAGACCACUUAUGUUACAGAAAUCUAACUUAAUGUGUGUAUAUAUAUAAAUAAAUAAAUAUACAAUAUAUAUUAAAA